UCAACUUACACCUCUGUCUGACGACCCCGACACCAUGGCGAAGAGUUCUCGAGCCAGCUCGGUCAAGAAGAACAACCAAAGACUCAAGAAAACCGUGUUUGGCCCGGUCGAGACGGCGCGCAACGAGCGACUCUCGGCGAAGCUGAUGGCUCUUGCCAGCCAGCCUAAACCACCAAGAACUGAAAUGGAAAUCGAGACGGACAACGCGCGAGAAUUAGAGAGAAAGGCCGAAAAUGCGAACGAAGAUGUCGACAUGGACGCUGACGAAGCCGCGACUUCGACGACUGCGCGGACUAACAGCUCCAUCAAGAAGCAGCGAGCAUCAAAGGCGGCACGGAUAGAGAAGAAGCGUCAUCGCAAAGUGAAGAAUACCAUGGUCUUCUCACAGCGCCACGUAAAGGCGAAGAAGGGCAAGAAGCGAUGAGUAUGCUGCCUGACGGUGAACUUGAUCUGGUCUGCUGAGGACUCUCACGGAACUACGGGUUGGGCAGUCUGCUUAGGCGGUGUUGUCUCCCAAUGCUUUCAAGCGCGACUUUGCGUUUUGCUACGAAACGGAGCGUUCUUCUCAUCACAGCUUAUUUACGAUAUGGGCGAAAAUCAACAUCAGUCUUACUUUUGCG